ACGGAGUGACGUAUUGACGUCAAGCGGAAAUUUGCAGCAGCAGUUCUUUCUAGAAUUCUUUAGCAGUUUCUCGCUAGCCCACAAUAGGGAGGUCUCUCUCGGCCAAAUACAGCCUAACGCAAAUACACAUUUGUGAGAAGUGUAGUGUCCCUUGGACGUAUUCUUAUUUGACUCAAACUUCUUGAUAGCUUCGUUUAAUUCUCGAACUUAACCGAGUCACCUUCCAAGCUAACACCGUUAGCAUUGGAUUCUUAUUGGCAGGAUGUCUCGGAUAGACUACAGCGUGUGGGACCACAUUGAGGUGUCAGACGAUGAAGAUGAGACCCAUCCCAACAUCGACACACCCAGCCUUUUCAGAUGGAGACACCAGGCACGUGUUGAAAGAAUGGAAGAAUUCCAGAAAAAAGGUGAAGACAUAAAGAAGACACUCAACGAAUGUCGGCGUAAGCUGGCGGAGGCACAGAAGAAAGUAGAACAGCUGAACAUUUCAGACUCAGGCGAUGCCAAAGCAGAGCUGAGCAAAGCCCAGGCUGAGGAAAAGAAACUGAGAAAAGAGGAACGGGAGUGGACGAAGAAGAUGGAUGACCACAACCGGGAAGAGAAGAAGAUGCCAUGGAAUGUUGACACGCUCAGCAAGGAUGGUUUCAGCAAGAGCAUCGUUAAUGUCAAACCUGAGUCUUCUGAAGAGACUGAAGAAGAGAAGGAGCAAAAACAUAAAACCUUUGUGGAGAAACAUGAGAAACAGAUCAAACAUUUCGGUAUGUUGCGACGUUGGGAUGACAGCCAGAAGUACCUUUCAGACAAUCCUCAUCUGGUAUGCGAAGAGACUGCCAACUACCUGGUCAUCAUGUGCAUUGAUCUUGAGGUUGAGGAGAAACAUGCAUUGAUGGAGCAGGUGGCUCACCAGACCAUCGUCAUGCAGUUCAUUCUAGAGUUGGCGAAAAGCCUCAAAGUCGACCCCCGUGGUUGCUUCCGUCAGUUUUUCGCUAAGAUUAAGACAGCAGAUCAGCAGUACCAGGAUGCUUUCAAUGACGAGCUUGAGUCAUUCAAGGAGCGGGUUCGGGGAAGGGCCAAGAUCCGCAUAGAAAAGGCAAUGAAGGAGUACGAGGAAGAAGAGCGACAGAAGCGUCUGGGCCCCGGAGGGCUGGAUCCUGUGGAAGUGUAUGAGACCCUGCCUGCUGAAAUGCAGAAAUGCUUUGAUGAUAAAGACAUCCAAAUGUUACAAGAAGUUAUUAGCAAAAUGGACCCAACGGAGGCAAAGACUCACAUGAAGAGGUGCAUUGAUUCAGGUCUCUGGGUCCCCAACUCCAGGACAGACGAUGGGGAUGAAAAAGAGGAAGAAGCCACUUAUGAAGAGGUGAAACAGGAGCCGGAAGAAGCAAAGAAAGAAUGACCAACAUUGGCUCCAUGAUUGGUUGUUUUUGCAAAUGUACUUACCCGUUCUAUUGCAACUCCUCUAUGUGUAUGAUUAGUUUGCCAAGCAAUUGAAUAACUUCUCCAAAAAUAUUAAUCUGAGAUUUGACCAAUAGCAUUCACCUAAUUACACAAUGAUGUUGCAAAAAAAAAACUGCUGCUUCUGUGUUGGUAUUUUAUUUGUUUGGAAGUCACUGAAGCUGUUCUUUCAUAUAAUUGUAUACACUUGUCAACUGUGUGGGUAUGUCUGUGCAAACAACAUGCCUGCCUGACUGCUUUAUCUGUGUAGGUGUAUAGUUAUUAUGUUUUUGUUUUUUUGUUUGUUUUUUUCAAAAUUGAAUUUUUGUUAGACUUCCAGGGCUCGAGCGGCCAAUUAUAGUUAUUUUCCAAAAGCGACAUUUUCUACCGACUUGCUUAACUAAAGCUUGAAUUAUACCCAACUUCUCAAGACAAUGCUGUUGUGGUUAUCUAUUAAGUGUUGGUGUUUCCAGGUCAUAAACUUAAAGGUGAAAACUGUGAGUCAUGUAAGAAAAUGUAGAGAUCUUUUUGGUGAUUUUUUUUUCCCCUCUUCACGUACAGAUUCAGUGGCACAGUGAGUAAACAGGUCACUAUGAUAUGAGCUUGAGUUCAUCUCAUCUUAUAAUCCAACCCAACAACUGUAUUAAUCAUAAAGAGCUGUCAGUCAAUUCAGUGUCAGACCUGAUAGAAACUGAUGCCACUGGCUCAACCUCUGCUGUAGAUUUAUAUCAAACGGGCCCAGCCCAUAAUUACUAGAUACAGGAUUCCCAAGGUUGAGCCUUACUGGGUAUAGAGACAACUGAGAGUUCAUAUAGAUGUUAUUGCUGCCCACACUGGCCAAACCAGUCCCUAUUUAACAGAAUAACCGAUCAGUCGAGUCUAAAUACCUAACAUGAGCAGACAUUAGCUGCUGUGAGGCUAUUCCGGGAAGUGCUACAAAGGUGUGGCUAGAAUCUGUACUCUGUACUUUUCUCCGAACGUGAGUAUUCUUGCAGCCCUGCAUGAUAUCAGACCUAAUAUUUUAAAAAAUAAAAAAAGAUCCAAGUCAGUCCCCUUAUACAAAGGCAUUGAUUAGCUCAAAUAUCACUAAAUAAAACUGUUUAGUGUGCACUACUGGGAGCCUUUGUGAAUAAAAUUGCAUGUCUUUCCUUAA